AUGCAAAUUGUGGCCUCGUGUAGCUUUCAAAAUGUCCGAGCCUGCGGCUACACAGAAUCACUCAAUAAUGACUUCAACUGGAUCGUUGGAAAGGGACCCUCCCCAAGCUGGUACUCAGGGCCGUUGGCUGACCACACCUACAACAAUUCCUCAGGUUACUACAUCUUUGCUCCGUCCUCGUACAAUGAAACUCAAAUUGGUCAGGUGACGAGGUUCUCCUUUCCCGUAUAUCAACUGAAGGAGGGACACGGUAGUCUCAGGUUCUUCUAUCACAUGUGGGACGGCUACGAACCAGAUCGGCUCGGCACGCUGACGGUCUACGCAUGUCACGGAUUACCGUUAUGGUCACGUGAGAGAAGACAGCGUGAUAAGUGGCUGGCUACCGGUGAACUGGACAUCUACUGCGAACAACCGUUUGAGCUCAUCUUCGAAGUUAUUCGGGGCGGAUAUGAUAGUGACAUAGCCGUGGAUGACAUCCGAUUUGUAGAUAUUUAUCAAUCACCACCAACGUCAGCGCCCCCACCGACAACGACGAGAGAAAAAACCACUGUAACAACAAAAGCAACAACUCCGCGUGCAACACCCCGAAGGACUGAGGCCAAGUCUACGUCAGCUGCCACACUAAGCCGUAUUACCAACUCGACACCCAAGAGGCGUAAGACAGAGGCGGUCACGCCCCCCAUCACGUGGAGGGCUGGGUCUCCCUCAGAUCCACCAGUGUGGACAGCGUUUGUUCUAGCUGGUGUAGUUGGCGGAGGUUUUGUACUUUGUUUCAUGGCGUUCUUCGUCAUGUUCUUCUUCUGUCGCCGAAGACGAAGGUCGAAGUCCAGAUCCGCUGGUAUCCCGUACAAUGUGGAUAACAUGACGUAUCCUUCAGCUAGUCUGGCACCCUGUGGUCGAUGCGACGCAUACUACACAGCAUUGCAGACCACCAGGGGCGUGGAGCUACACUUAUACCAAGAGCUCCACCAACCAGCGAACGUGAAGAUCAGUGACACAGGCAGCAGUACCAACGAAGGGGUGCACUCGGCCGACGGAGGUUUCUACGAGUGUAUUGAAGAGGACCAGUUCAGCAGCGUAACCAAUGACACGGAUUAUACAGAGGCGGAAACAGCAAUCAACUCAGCGAAUACAGCCACGCUACCGUCCAAGCAGUCCUUAACCCAUACCGUGGACCCCUUACCGUUCGAGACCGGCCCCGAGAGCCCAAGCUUCGUCGUCGACCCUGCCUGCUGCCCCGAGCGCAAAGGGAGUGGCGACUCAUGCAAAGCCGAGGCGCCACUGCCGUUUUUGGAACCAAAAUAUUUCACGCUAGAACCGGACGGCGGUUUCCGCGACGGUACAUGUGGUGUUGAGAAUGACGAACACAAAGUAGAUUUUGAACUGAGCGAAGACGAAGAUGUCAAGUGUUUAUCACCGGAUGAUAUUGAGCGGGGGCAGAUCACGCUAAGCGGCCCGGUGUCCCCCAACGUCUCGUACUGUGAACCACCCAGUGAAGAUGAACCUUUAUCACCCACAGAAUCUGACCACGACAGUCUCGACGCUAGUCAUUACGGGUACGUCCCCCCGAGCAUUGGUCUCUGCGCCGUGCCGGACAGGGGCGGUAGAAAAACUGAAAUCAUCACCGAAAUCUAAAAGACACAAUAAAUAAAAAACUUUUAUACCGGUUGUAAAUUUUGUGUACAUGUUUCAUGCAAAUGUAAUUUUGCCAAUUUAUACCGUAUUUUGUUGUUUAAUUAGUUAUCUACAACGCAGAUUUUGUCAUUAAUUAUUGCGAAGUACUGCAUGUGAUUCAAUUAUAAAAGUCAUGCACAUACAAAAUAAAGAAGACUUUCACUGACCAGAGUUCAAAUGAAUAGAGCUGCUUCAGCAAAAAAUAUUGCUUGACACAUCUCUGCUAAGCAGAGAUGAGCUGGGUACCAGUCACAAAUGGUACAUGUGACAUGGUAGUUUGGCUUGUAACCUUAUUCUGGUAAGCAUAAUCUGUUUGUACUUAAGCGGCUCUGUGAAUUUGAGCCUAGCAUAUACAAGCAAGUUUUGGCAACGGCACAAGCAGCAAUAAAAUAAAAUAACUUGCACAAACAAAAAGCUACGCCCAAAGAAAUUUUACGGCAAGGACUCCUUUGGUUUGAACAUGGGCUACUGUUGUCAUGGCGUUUAGUUGACACGUCACUUACAACACUUUCUGUCUGAGAUGAAAUUAAUUUUAGCUUAAUUAACAUACAUCAUGAAUACCACACAUACUGACUUUACUCAACUUAUUUUAAUUUUGUAACAACAUUUUCAAAGUAUUUUUAAAUAAUUGUACAUUUUGUUUUCUGUUGCAAGGUUUGCUGCCAACCUAUCGUAGGUUGCCAAAAACAUGUUAUAGGAUAUUCAGUGGUGUUCAAUAUUAACCACACCGUUGCCUCGUGAAACGGCUUUGGCUAAUCUGUGCGUCUUGAGAAGCCACAGCCAGAGUGUCAUUCAAUCUUUUUCUCCUCUCAUAAAAACCAAUCUCAAUCAAGUAGACUUGGACUAACACAUUCUGCAAUGCGCUAUCAUGCAGAAAAGCACCAGACUAUUGGGGGUUUUAGGACGCUAGGUGGCAGCAUACUUACCAUGUAAAUCCAUUAAUUCUCGGUAUCUGUGCAUGCCACUGAUCUCUAUAUAAUAGAGAUCUUUAAUUAUCGCUGCAUGCUCAGAACUAUGUAAACAAUGGAAAUGUGCCUGGUAAGUCUGCUGCCACCUAGCGUUUCAAAGUCUCCCAUAUAAUUUGCAUUGUAAAAACAUAACAUUGUAUGGCAUUUUAAUCAUACCUAUUGGCUUGUGUCCUACCUAUGCAAUACUUUGGACUGUCAAAACUGCCAAGAACUUUCAGUAUAAUUAAAAAGUAUACUUCAUUUUUUAGCUUAGAAUUAUCAGCUUGAUCAGUUUUAAAUGCACUAUGUUUAUUAGUUCUAUGUUCUAUUGAUUUGUGUAAAAGGCACAAUUGUUUUGUUCCGAGUUUCAAACACAGUGAGUUAAUGGAUUGAUACUUUAUGUUGGGAGAAUAUUCUAUAUUCGGUUGCAGUUUGUGGUGAAAAAGCAACUGUAAAUGACACUCAAAGACUAAGAGAAGUUUUGUAUUGUACAAGUUUGCACAGUUUCCAUCGUUCCGAACUACUUUCCUUCUGUAUAUUGUGUCGUAGAUGAAACCAACAUUUCUGUCUAGCUAUGGAAGUAAUUAAACACACAUCACAUCAUGUUAACUUUAGAAAACAUGUUGUUUUCUACGCGAACAACUAACUGGGCUCAAUUUGACCACCAAAUUGUUUUCAAAAAUUGAUUGUUGCUUCACCCUUUUUGUGGGUGUCAUCUUCUAAAAGUCGGUUUCGAUUCCCAUACAUGCAGCUAUUAAGAAUCAUACCAAAGCUAUUUUUAGAACCGAAGUAAGUCAAUAAUUUUCGUGCACAAAAAAACCUGUAUAAAUUAUUAGUAAGCAAACAAUAGACAAUGUGUCAUGAAAUUAAUCUUAUCCGUGCAACUCCCCAUUUCAAGAACAUGCCAUACACAAAGAAUCGUCGAAACAGGGCGCUAUCGUAGGCGAUGCAAAGGAAACGUUGUACUCCGCCAGACAAGUCUCGUGAACUGUUAGAGAUUUUCCCAGAAAAAUUGUGUUUUUUGUCAAAAAAUAAUUAGGAAGUUCUGUGAUAGCAUUGUGCCAUUUGUAUUAGUGUAAGUUUAACCUUGACGACGGGAAUUAAAAUUUAAUAACUCAUUGGUAAGAGUUUUACAUAACCACCACCUUGAAAAAUUCCAACUUAAAAUAACUGUCCUACUUCACUUAUUUUCUGCGAUCGAAACUUAACCUUUGACCUCAUCAAGCCUUUCAAUGAUUGGCUAAUGACGUCAGUCCUACAGUGACUCUCUUUGUCAAGAUCCCAAUAUAAGAAAGAAAAAAAAUACUACCCAUAAAUUGAUUCGAGACCAAUGGACUUGAUUUUAUGUGGGGUUUUUUUUAUAAUGCUAUAAUUAUUUUGAUCUUGGAUCGGACGAGUUGGUCUUUGAAAGGCGUUUG